UUCUGCUCCGAGAUCUUUCAAAAACCAUCGCCUCCCCGCGUCCUCUCUCUCUCUCUCUCUCUCUCUCUCUCUCUCUCUAUAUCGCUCGAUUUCUUCAUUUCUUUCUCGAAGCUUAAGGGCCAUGGUUGUCGCGCAGAAGCUGAAGGAGGCCGAGAUCACCGAGCAGGACUCGCUUCUGCUGACGAGGAACCUGCUCCGCAUUGCUAUCUUUAAUAUCAGCUACAUCAGAGGCCUCUUUCCUGAGAAGUAUUUCAGCGAUAAGUCUGUUCCGGCCUUAGAGAUGAAGAUUAAGAAGCUAAUGCCAAUGGAUGCUGAGUCCCGCAGAAUGAUUGAUUGGAUGGAAAAAGGUGUAUACGAUGCACUCCAAAAGAAGUAUCUGAAGACGCUUCUCUUUUGCGUCUGUGAAUCAGUUGAAGGGCCUAUGAUAGAGCAAUAUGCAUUUUCAUUCAGUUAUUCCAGUCCAGAUGGCCAAGAGGUCUCUAUGAAUAUCAGUCGCACGGGGAACAAAAAGAGAAGUACUUUCAAGUCAGGGGCAGAGAUUACUCCCAAUCAGAUGAGGAGUUCUGCUUGUAAGAUGGUCCGCACUCUUGUUCAGCUAAUGAGAACUUUGGACAGGAUGCCUGAAGAGCGUACCAUAUUGAUGAAGCUCCUCUACUAUGAUGAUGUAACGCCUGCAGAUUACGAGCCUCCGUUCUUUAGAUGCUGCAGCGAAGAAGAAGCCCAUAAUCAAUGGAUGAAGAAUCCUCUGAAAAUGGAGGUCGGUCAUGUGAAUAGUAAGCAUCUCAUACUGGCUCUUAAGGUAAAGAGCGUGCUUGAUCCUUGUGGGGAUGAGAAUCAUGACAGUCAAGAUGAUGAAGUGAGCUUGGGAGGGGAUUCUAUGCAAAGGGAUGAUUAUUCUGAAUCUGACAGUGAGGUUAACCAUUCAGCCGAUGACCAUUACAUUGUUGUGCCUAUUGAGAAACAGCAAGUUGAUGAUAAUGGCAUUGUCGAUGAAGAUGACACUCAGGAUCCUGUGGAAGAUGAACAGCAAUUGGCCCGGGUCAAGGACUGGAUUUAUUCUCAUCACCUGGGCACUGUCAGACUAACAGACAUCCUUUCAAAUUUCCCAGACAUCUCAUUGGUCCUGAUCGAAGAGAUUGUGGACAAACUGGAUAAGGAAGGUGUUAUAUCAAAAACUGCCAAGGACACCUACACUGUAAACAAGCAUAAGGCAUCUGACUUUGAUUUUCCUGAGGUGAAGCUGGAAGGGGAUGGUCAGGUAGUUCCAGCAGGUGACAGAGCUCCCUUGGUUGAUGAGCACACGUACAUGAAGGCUUUGUGUCACUCUCUCCCAAUGAAGUAUGUCACGGUUACGAAGCUUCAGGAUAAGCUCAGUGGAGAAGCUAACCAGGCCACCAUCCGGAAACUCAUUGAUAGGAUGGUCCGUGAGGGCCUGGUUGAAGCCAAAGGCAGUCGCAGGCUGGGUAAGCGUGUUAUCCAUUCUGAUCUGACCGAGAAGAAGCUAAGUGAAGCCAAGAAAGCCUUGGAGAAUGACGCAAUGGCAAGACUGUCUUUAGUUUUGCUGUGCCUGACUUUCAUCUUUCACAUGCUUGAAUGUUAUUGUUCAGUACUUAAGCUCUUUCGACUUCAACAGGCUGUGGAUACUCAUAAGCAGUUCAGCAGCCUCCACCCUCAAGAACUCAUGACUAAGGGGAACAGCCACCCGGACAUGUCCACCUGCGGCAUCCUACACUCCAUUGGAUCAGAUCUCACGCGCAUGAAGGUCAGAUCAGACCAGAGUGACCAGACUAUUUCUGGGAUGAAGGGGAACGAGAACACUCCCACGAGCAGGGCCAAGUCGGUGGCCUCUCGGGAGAGCUUUAUUCCAGGAAACCAAAACAGCAGAACAAAUGGACCGACAACAAAUGCUGACGACAUGGAGACUGUUGCAUACAAUGGAUCCACUCAGGAUAAGCAAUCAAGAAAAACGAGCACAGUUAAGGACCCGAUCCUUCAGUACUCAAAGCGCCAGAAGUCACAAGCCCUCUGAGGACCUUGUCAUCGUGAUGCUAUUGCCAGGGAACUCUCCACUCGAUUCAAUAUCUCAUUUGCUCUUACCCAUAAGAUUUCGUAUAUUUCUGGACUUUUAUUGUCCAAAAAAAAACAACAAAAAAAGAACCUGCAUUCGGCCCAUCAGCAUAUAUUGAAGAAGGUGAAAUAUUUGAUGAUGGAAUUGGCAACAUUAUUCUUCUAAGGCAACCUGGCAUGUGCAAGAAGUUUAAGUCUUUGAUAGAUAUGAAAUUGACAAAUUAUUAAUCUUCUACAGCAAACUGGCAUGUGCAAGAUAUUUUCAGUAUAUAGCAGUUCUCUGCCUAGGCCUAGCA